CGGGUUUUCGGAUCUGGGAAGAUGGUUUUUGAAUUAUAGCAGCUGGUCCAUCAAAGAGACGAAGAUUGAGUUCAGACCUGGCUGUGAAGAUGGUGACGGUUUCAAAUGCUUAAAGAGACGCACCGGCCCAUUAUCUCCUCCACCAUCCACCGCCACAAUAGUUAGCUUCACUCUCCUUGUAUUUAUCACCACCGCCACUAGCUAUCUCUCUAGAUCUCUCCGACGUACGUUGGCGAUGGAUCUGAAGAGUUGCAUGAUUACGCUUUUCAUUCUCGUCCUGCUAUUUGCAGAGCCUGGUUCCUCAAAAGAGGGACUCGAUUCGGAAGCUUAUGAUAUUGAUUACCGGGGACCUGAAACUCAUUCGCAGAGGCCUCCACCAAAGCGAACCGGUGGCAGUAGAAAUUUCAAGAACCAUCCUCGAUCCAAAAGGCAGAUAACUCAAAAUAAGUUAACGAAGGGAAAAAAGUUCAACAAAUGAAGGAUAUUUGAACGAUGAUGGCUUGAGUACAAAUUCAAGUUAAGAUAAUACUAUUAUGCUUUUAUUUAUUUUCAUGAUCAGUAAUAUAAAAAUCAAGAACAUGCUAAAACAUGUAUGAUAUAUUGGUUAUUGGUUUAUAUCUACAUCCAACAACUUGAAUCAGUAUUUUACCAUGUUCUUGAUUUCAGAUUAUCGUGUUGAUACAGUUGUAAUAUUUACUUGUGUAAUUGUUUUGGCUUUGGUAUUGAAAUUGUAAUGUAAUUAAUAAAUAUGUUUUUUAUUUUAUGUGUGUUAUAUUUGACAUUUUGAAAAACAAUCGUUGUAUUAUUCAAGUAAUAAACUUUUGGGAUGCUUUGUUUGCUAUUC